UUCUCGUGCAGACAUCACUGGCUGGGAUGCACCUCCGUGGAAGACGCUUCAUCUGUGUGACGCUGCCAUAGCUCCAUCAAACACAGCAGCAGCAGCAGGUAUUAGCAUGUGAGCUGUUGCCAAGCGGGGAGGGAAAACAUGGAGGGAGCCAGCGUCAUUGCCUUCGUCACCGUUCAGAAGAUCUACUACCCGCUCCUUUGCAUCACGGGUAUUCCAGCCAACCUUUUCACAUUCUACAUGAUCUGCUUCCGUAAAUGUGGGAUGUCUGACGCUGCCAUCGUUUACCUGAGCUGUCUGGCCAUUGUUGACACGUUCUACCUGGUGUGGGUGAUCCUUAUUGACCUGACCCUCACCUUCUGGCAACUGCAGCCCUUCUGGCAUUCCCACCCCAUGUGCAACAUCCUGAGCUUCCUGCAGUAUGGAUCGCUCUACAGCUCCUCUUGGAUAGUGGUGGUGUUCACCAUUGAGCGGUACUUGGUGUUACGCAGCACAGCGGCCAGGCAGCACUUUUCCCAGGUCCGCGUCACUAGACUGACCUGUGUGGCUAUUGUCCUGGUGUCACAUCUCGUCUCAGUGCCGCUGGGUUGGAUCAAUGUUGUUUCACCUGUGAACUUGACUGUGAACGGUGAGAACAUGACGCUACCCAGGUGUCAUUACCGUGAUCAGACCUACACAACUAUCAUUGUGUGGAUAACCACCUUCCUCUCAGGGGGAGUACCCAUAGCAUUGGUCAUCGUCUUCAACUACCUCAUUGGGUACCAUCUGUGCCGUGCAAGCAACCUCUUCACUAAGGAGGAGCGCCGGGUCAUGCGUGGGAGGAGCACCAGGGGCAUGUUGAGGAGGACCAUCCUGCUUCUGGGAACUGUCUCCGUUUCGUUUGUGGUGCUCAGUUUGCCCCGCUUUGUCACAUACUGCAUCCUGAGGACCGAGUACAACAAUGAAAACUUUAACAGAGACAACUACAGAAUCCCCAUUAAUGUGGCUGGAGACUUGGCCAACAUGCUGCAGAACCUCAACUCCACCACCAACUUCCUGCUCUACUGCAUGGUCAGCCGGCGCUUCAGGCAAGAGAUGGUCCAGGUGGUGACUUGUAAGGGGAAGGCCCGUGAGCUGGGCUCUGUCCUCACCCACACCACCAUGAAAGUCUUCUCUGUUGUAGAUCACAAGGCCAUACUGUCCAGCGACAACCGCCCAGUGGUGCUAACCAACCUCAAACACACAGAGUAGAAAGGAUCUGAAGGAAUGGACAGAAAUCAGGCUUUCAAAAUAAUAACUCUUCAAGCUUAAAAGCAUAUUUCUCACUUUGCAACUGUGGCUCAGUUGGUAGAGUCGUCACCUUUCAACCAGAAGGUCAAGGGUUCAAUCCCCAGCUGAGCAACA